AUAUAUCCGGAAGAUUGGCAGCACUUUUGUAAUGGUAUAAGUACGCUGUUGCGUGACCCAAAAAAUGUAAAAAAAAUGGAAAAGAAAUUUGGUAUCAGCGGCGAUUAUGUUAUGAGGUACGAUCAUGCCAUGUUAUCAGAUAUAGGGAGUAUGCCAAAUUUCAUUCGUUUCAUGACAGAAAACGUGAAAGUAGACCUGACGUCGAAAAGUGCAGAUCUCGUUCAAGUACAUGAGGCAAACACUCUAGAACCAGAAGACGAUGUUGCUAUUGUUGUGAAUCAUUCGAAUUUGCAUAAAUCAAUCUUUAAAAACGUUAAUCGUUACAACAAAUUUUUCUUACAUGGGUACGGUUAUGUGACAACAAACAGCAAAUCUUCGGAGCCAUUGUGGGAAAACGUGACCUACGUUCAAGCGUACUUGCCUGAGAUACACGCUUAUAUUUGUCGUCGCCCGAAAAGAUGGGGUAGCGUAACAGGCUACGUCGCUGCUGGAGGCUACAGUUAUUUUCCAAUGGUGCCGAAACAACAAAACAAGUCCGUAAAACGACUUAUGUCGGAUGUAGAAGGAUUAAUUUCAGAUUAUAAGUGUGGUAUAGAGGUCCUGACAUCGUCAGCUUCGUUAAGGAUCGAACAAGUUAAAACUUUCAUCGGAUCCACGUGUCUCGUUGACGCACAAAAUUCUUUGGAACAAAGUUCCUUUUUAACUUGCGGUACAAAAAAGUUUUUAGACCACGGUGCCUUAUAUUUAGCCAGCAACUGGACUCGUUACAUGCUCCAGCGAACGAAAAAGGACUUUGAUUUCCUUGAGAAAAUCUUCAUAAUGGUUAAGACUACAGCUGGUAAUUCAGUCACAAGAUCUUUAAUAGAAGAAUGCUAUGACUGUGAACAGCGUUUACGUUUUUUUUUGAUGGGUGACUGGAAGAAUAUUCCUACUGCACGGUUAACUUAGCUAUUAGAAAAUCCACGAGAAGGUUGGCGAGGAAAAAAUGUUCGAGAAGGUGCAUACUAUUCUAAGUACAUAUUUAGAAGUUGGCAGAAAAAUAAAAUACCUACGUUAAAGGAGCGACAACGUUUACGGCAACCCGUCAUCGGAUUGAAAUUGGAAUAUUACAGAUGGCCGUUCUUGAGAGAAGCCAUUGCUGAAAUGUCACAAUACUACCCAGAAGAAGAAUCAGAUUUACAUACGCCUAUGAGCAACAAUUUGGACUUGAAAAUUCAUUAUUUGAUAACAAGGCUAAUUGGUUUUUCUCGACUUUUACAUGGCUUUCCAUAUUAUAGUUUCAAGUUUAUCGAACAUGCUUUUUCAAAAAAAGUUAUAAAUGCCAAAAUAUUACAACAAGGUUGCGAGAUCAAAGCGUACAUUAGCGGGGUCGUUCCUGUAUCAACUCUUGUUAGGAAAAUAUUGAAUCCCACCACACUUAUAGGUAAGUUGAUCAGAAGUACAGUACAUAUAUCAGAGCCAAUCAGACAAUGGAAAGAUGUACUAACAAAAUUCUUCAAAGCGGAUACUUGCGUAUUUCCGCUUGCAUUGUUGAAUCAAAAUAAUCGUAGCAACACGUACAAGUGGUACAUGAUCAGGAAUACUUACACGACUCAUGAAAAACAAAUGAUGACUAAAGUGCUAGAUUCCACGUUCGUUAGUCAGCAGAACCUUAAACAGAAUCAACGGAAAACGUGGAUGAAAAAACUGCAAAACUCAACAGAAACUGCAACGAAAACAACAAAGAUGACGACUAACGAUGAUGGAUACAACAUCGUCGUCAACGUCGAAAAGCGCAAGUUCAAUGUAGAAUACUUCAAGAAACGACAAUCGUCAAAAAAAAGACGUCCACCACAAACCAUAGAACAAGACGAAAACAAUGAAGACGAGGAGGAAUCUUUUUUGCAAUCAUCAGCAAAAAAAAAAACGAAUAAGAAGGCGAAUUAUCGAAUCGUCGUCAUCAUCAUCGUCAUCAUCAUCAUCAUAACUGUCGUCAUGUCAUCUGUGACUGUUUUAGUGUCAUCUUCGCACGCCUACGUUAUUAAGGACGAAAAUGAAGCGUCUGAAAAUGCUUCUCAAGCAGCUGAGAAUGAAAUACAGCUUACGAAUGUAGGUCAGUCGGAGAACGCUGGUAAGUCCAUUACCCAAAUGGCUCCUGCUCUGCGCAAAGGAAAACGGCAGCCCAGAAUCGAUCCAUCGCCGAUCUACAAUGCAAACAACCUUAAAACGUAUGCCAUUCCUCCACCAUUUUAUGAGAAGGAAAACAAAGGGUCCUUAAGCGAUGAAAUGCGGAACUACCUGGUAGAAAGGGCUGCAUUGAACUUCUGUAACGGGGAUUUAGUCCGCCACGAGGAGACGCAGAAUCACAAAACGAAUCUAGUCGUCAAUGGCACAGCCAAGCCAUGA